UGGCGAACUGAGUGGACCCAUACUGACUGCGACUGAGUGGUGCAGAAAUCGUGGGUCGAAGACGUAAUGACAAGUGAUGCUUACCAUGAACUGGACUCCCAGUGGCGUAGCGUGCGUGACUUGGAGUCGCUGCGUUCCUCCCAGCUCUCGGGCCUCGCGGGCGAGCUGCUCACGGAGGCCUCCAGCGAUCCGCGCUGUCAACGGCUGAGGGACGGAGAGAUCUACCGAUUAGUGUCUGACGCAGUGGACGGGGAUGCCUACCUCAUCCCAGGUCUCUUGAGCUUUCAGGACCAGGCACAGUUGCUCUCCGCCCUGAUCUGCGACUGGGCGACGCCGCCGAAUCGCAGCAAUCUUUGGCCGGCCGAGGCACCGGAGAGUGGCGAGUGGCUGCAGGAAGGCUUGGCCAAGUUUUUCGACAUGUCCGAAGACAGCCCCGACCCCAGCAGCCUCUCCGUGAUUGAAAAGCUAAGAUGGGUGACCAUGGGAAAACAAUACGACUGGUCUUCCCGCUGUUACCUUCCCGAUGACUGCCGGCCGUUGCCGGAGUUGUUGGUAUCGUUCGCCACAAGGGCGGUGGACUUGUUGAAAGAUGCAGGCGAAAUUGACAACACGCACACCUUCCAAGCUGCGAUUUGCAACCUCUACCACGCCGCGCGGCGGCCCUCAGAUCGCCUGGGAGGGCAUCGCGAUGAUGUGGAGGAGGACACAACUAGCCCUCUGGUCACGAUAUCGAUUGGUUUGCCUUGCGUCUUUUUGCUGGGCAAGGAGACGCGAUCCUCGAAGCCAAUUCCAUUGCUCUUGACCGCUGGAUCCAUGCUGGUUCUGACGAACCGUGCCCGGCAGGCCUACCACGGCGUGCCCACCAUUUUGGUCCCUCCCAAGCUGCAGAUGAAGGGCCGCACCUUCCGGCGCGCGUCGCCGGCCUCAUGGGAUCCCACGUUUGACUGGGCCUACCGCCCUUGGCUUGUGGCGAACGACUCCGGCGGCGCGCCGCCGGAGCCGUUCGAUUCAACGGUGCCUGAGGCCAUCCAUUAUUUGCUGACGCGGGCGAGGGUGAGCUUCAGCAUCAGAUCUGUGGACGUGAAGAUUCCAGCGGAAGAGUCUGAGCAAAAGAUUCUGCGCGAAACUUGUUGGGAUUGA